UCAGGUGUUGGGCGUGAAUGUUAGAGCAAACUUCCGUACCAAGAAGGAGGGGAGCUUCCUGGUGGGCUCUGCCCAUGGCAUGCCUUCUGGGUGGCAGAAGGGCUUUUUUUUGUGGGGGGGCAGUUGGAAUUUGGUGACUUGUCCAGGGUCACGCAGCUAGAAAGUGUUAAGUAUCUCAGGCCAUGUUUGAACUUGAGUCGUCCUAAAUCCAGAGUCGAUGCUCUAUCCACUGUGCCGUCUAGCUGCCCCACCAAGGGCUUUCUUGACUCAAUUAACAGGAUUAUCUUAGGUGGGGGAAGGCUCAGAGGUUCCCAUAUAGCUACCAAAUGGCAGAGUCAGGGCCCCGCAGGGCACGAGCCCCCGAGGCGGGCAGGAAAAGCGAUCCAGGGACCCUCUGGAGGGCUCUCUGAAGCACCCGAGAACCCACUGUAUGACAGGGGACCGCCCGGUGUGGCGAGCCCCCCUCAGAGAAGGGGCUGCAGCUGUGCCAGAGGAGGCGUGAGAAGCCCCCGGAGUUCGUGGGGACUCGUGUCUGUGACGGAGCAUCCGGAGCGCAUUGGUCUGAUCGGCCACGCCGCCACCGGACGCCGUCACAGAUGUCAUUUUGGUCCUCUUCAAGAACAAAGGGCAACAACCAGCCAGAGGGGUGGUGGGGAGCCCCGGGGGCGUCCCAGGGAACCCUGGCAAAAAGGAGGAGCUGAGUGAGUCGUUCUUGCCUUGACUUACUCUUCUGAAAUGACCUGUAAGAGGAUUCUGGUUCUGAACCUUACAGACUGAGCUCUGGCAGACCUUUACCCUUCUCUGGGACCCAGCUCCCUUCCCUGGUGAAAUCAGCCAAGCAGUUGAUCACAGACACUUAUCAGGCACUCACAGGGUGCCAGCCACUGUCUGAUACACAAGGGAUGCACUGACCAAAAGGGGCCAAAGUCUCUGCCCUCGGGGAGCACUCGGGGCGUCUGAGAGGGGCAAAGCAUGUGCUCUGGGAACUUGUUUUUGGUGGGGCCUCCAGUGCCUGCCCUUCCUGGACUCGAACCCCACUCAUUGACCAGUGACUGGUUACUGACUUAUCCGCGGCCCCAAUGGGUGGGACUGGUCCAGUGUCCUGAGGGUGUCUCCAGCCAGAGCCUAAAGCAUUUUUUAAAGAGUGUUUUAUUUUCCCAAAUCCAUGCAGAGAUAGUUUUCAAUACUUACCUUCGCAAAACUUUGUGUUCCAAAUUUUUCUCCCCACCCCCCAAGAUCUCGGGCAAUCAGGUAGAGGCUAGACACGUGCAAUUCUGAGCAUUUCCAUACUUGUCAUGCUGCACAAGAAAAAUCAGAUGAAAAGGGGGGAAAUAGGCAGACAAAAAGUGAAAAUGCUCUGCUUUUGGGGGACGUUCAGGCCCCAUAGUUCUCCCUCUAGAUGCAGGUGGCACUUUCCCAAGUCUUUUGAAAUUGCUUUGAAUCAAACUGUUGAAAAGAGCCAAGUCCAGCACAGUUGAGUGAUCAUCGAAUCUGAUUGUUACUGUGUACAAUGUUCUCUUGGUUCCACUCACUUCAUUCAGCAUCAGGUCAUGUAAGUCUUCCCAGGCUUUUGUGAAAUCAGACUGCUCAUUUUAACUAAAAAAAGAAAGGAAAACGAUACAAAAUGGAACAUAAAACAUUGUCAUGUGCCCAGCAGAAUAUCAGUGAGGAUUCAAAAUACAUAAAUUAUUGGGUUCAAGAAAGGAUAUAAGAAAUUAUUUUCAUGAAUGUCCAUCUUAUAAGUUCUUUUGUUCUCUGCUGAGCACUUUUUCUGUUUUUUAUUCCUUUCAACCCCAUCCCCACUUCCUCUAUGCAGGCUUAUAGUUAAGGAGAUGUAUCUAUUAAAAUAUGUAUACACACAUACACACCCUUUCCCCACACAUUUUUGCUAUUCCCGCUAACUCUGCUUUAAUUCUCCUUCACUUGCUAUUUAACUUUGUCCCCAUCCAUGGAUCCCUCUCUUCUCCAUCUUCUGUCCAUCCUUCCCUAUUUAUAGAUUUUGGAGGCCAUAUAUGUAUAUAUGUAGUGGUGUUCCCUAUUUUAACUUAUUUUCACCAUCAGUAGGCUUUCAAAACUCCGAACCCCCCUCCAAUUUUAGUCUCCAUGUCUCUUCUCCCUCUGGACCUCAUUUUUUACCUUUUAUCUUAAUUCUGCCCCAGACUUUCUUUGAAGCUACCCCAUUGCUGAUGUCAAUCUUAGAGUAUUUCCGUGUUUAAAAAGAAUUUGUUUAUAUUAAGUUCCUUGAAACUGAUCUUUGAUAUUGGAUCUUAGAAAAAAAUUUGAGUUCAGGUUUGGUUGAAAGUCCUGAAAAUCUACAAGUUUUGUUGAAUGUCCGUUUUCUUUUUCAUUCGAUAUUCUGGAUAAUUUUGCUGGAUAUAUUUUUGGCCACAGGCCUAGUUCUUUUCAUUGUCAGUGUAAAUGAUUCCGGGACCUGAGGUCUUUAUUUAUUAUGGCUGCUGCUAAGUCCUACACAAUUCUAAUUGUAGCCCCAGCAUAUUUGAAUUGUUUAUUUUUCUUGUUUCUUGCAAGAGUUUCUCUUUAAUGUGCAGGUCUUGAAGUUUGACAAUAUUCCUAUGUGUUUUCCACAAAGGAUCUCUUUGAAACGGUCAUCAAUGGAUUUUUUUUUUUCAUUUCUACUUUCUUCACAUGUUCUAUCACUCCAGUGUAACCUCCCCCUCAGAGGUUACUGAUUGCCAGUCUUGCCUAAUCCCAGGCCUUCAGAAAUCUGCCUCUCCGAGCAGUGGUUCUUUACUGCUUACCCAAUCCUAGGUUUUCCGAGAUCUCUGGCCACUGCCUCACUGAGCUGUAGUUCUCUUGUCCAAAAGAGCACCCAGACACAGCGGCUUGCAAGCUCAGGUCUUUAUUCUACACGAUCACAUCCUGCACCACUCCUACAUUCUCCCACACUCUGACUGAACUUCUACUGCCUCCACCUACUUCCAGCUCCUCACUACUUACAUUGGGUCUAUGAGGUCAUAUGCACAGCCAAUAAGAGGAGACACCUCCCGUUGUUGAUGCGUUCUCAAUGUGACCCAGAGCUCCCACUCACAAGGCGGUCCCUAUUAGCUGCAGAGAUCGCAUCUGGGUACCUCAGACAUCAAAGCCUCUUUACUUCAUUAUAAUGCGAGGUUCCUCUUUGGAUCCUUACACUCCAGGACAAUUUUCUUGGAUUAUUUCUUGUAUUGUGUCAAGACUUUUUUCAUCGCAACUUUCAGGUAGUCUAUAUUUUUUCUUCUUGAUUUGUUCUCUACAUCUGUUAUGUUUCACAUUCUGUUCUAUUUUUUUCAUAUUUUAUUUUAUGGUCUCAUAGCUUCACUGGCUUCCUCUUGCCCAAUUCUAAUUUUCAGAGAGUUUAUCUUUUAAGACUUUGUUUUUUGGAUAGAGCAUUAGCUCUGAAAAGUCAGGAAGACCUGAGUUCAAAUCUGGUCUCAGACACAAAACUUCCUGUGUGACUCUGGGCAAGUCUUAACCCCAAAUGCCUCAGCAAAAAAAAUUUCAUUUUCUAGUUGGUUAACUUUUUUCAUAAUCUUGUUUUUCUUGGGGUUUUUUGUGGAGGGUUUUUUAGUUUUUCAAUGUUUCAUUUGAUUUUUAAAUUCUCUUUGAAGUUCUAUAAAUUCUCUCUGGGCAGGGAGCCAAUUAGCAUUCUUCAGGGUAGAAGCUUUUUUUUUUUUUGCUUCAGUAUCAUCCUUUGAAAAUGAACCCUGGUCAGUCUUGUUCUCAUAGUAAGUCUCUAUGGUUAAGUUUUUCUUUGCCAAUUCUUUUUUAAAUUAGUACAAGCACCUCUAAUUAUGGGAUAGGGAGAUGGUGACUCUAGCUUUACUUCAAUUCUUCCUUCUGACCUGGACCUCAGCCUGGCCUGCCCCACCUUCCAUAGCUGCUCCAUUGCAGAGGCCAGAAGGGCCAGCUCGGGGGUCAAGGAGAUGGACCAGUGCCCAGCAAGGAAGGAUAACAGCAUUGAGAGUUCAUAGAUUGGGGUCAGAGCCGGUGUCGAGGUGUCUCAAAAGUAUUUGCAGGAUUGAACCCAACUCCAAAUUAAGGUGCAAAGUUUAUUGUAAUGCCAGUUGAAGCCAGCUGAGUACCAAAAGGAGUUAGCAAAGAACCAGGAGCAAGAAGACAAAUUUAUAGGAAAAAACAGAUCUGGUUCUUCAUCUUACUGAUAUGCUAAUUUUGUGGCCCAGAAGUAAAACUGAGGAGUGGUCUGGUAUGCACCUCACCAUUUGUCUCAGAAACCCAUUUUAUCACUGACCAACAGAUUAUCUGGCAAUCAGGAAAGCUGCUAGAACUAUUGUAUUCCAAAAGCCACUAGACUUUAGGAUCAUUGACAGAUUUUUUAGAAUAGCACUCGAAGGUCAGGGGACCUCAGGAUUUCUGCUGUAUUUCUCGAAGUUGUACUCCCUUCAGCAGCAGCUAUAAUGAUAAACAUCUAAGAACAAUCCCUUUCUCUUCCUUUGGCGGCCUCCAGACCACCUGAUUUUCCUUCCUCGGGGGCUCCCCUAAAGCCUCAUUUUUCUUGUUCUUGGGUUCCCAUGCUGGUCUGACUCUUUUUGAAGACCUUAGUAUCCUGAAACUGUUACACUAAGCCAGGAUCAGUAUGAAAUCAAAUACUGAGAAACAAUCAUUAGUCAAAACAUUAAACAUUAUGUGCCAAUCACUGUGCUAAAUGCUGGGGAUACAAAAAAGGGGCAAAAGUUUGUCCCUGCCAUCUGGGAGUCCAAAGUCUGAAGGAGAAGGGCCUGCAAAUAGUUACAACCAAGUGAUUUACAGAAUAAUAGGAAGUCAUUAACACAAGAAAAGCCCUGGAAGACUUUCUGUAAAAACUGGGAGUUUAAUUGGGACUUGGAAGUCAGGGAGAUCAGUUGAGUGGAGGAGAGAAAGCAUUCCAGGCAUAGGGCACUGAAUGGAGAACACAGCCUGGAGGCUGUCAUGCUUAAAAAGUAUAGUCUGACAGUGAGGUGUAAAAUUCUCCUGGAUCGUUAAGAGCUUUUAAUGCCAAACAGAGCAUUACCUAUUUACUCCUAGAAACUAUAGGGAUCCACUUGUUUGUUGAGUGAGGGUGGAGAAUGACGUCAGAUCUGUGCUUUAGGAAAAUCACUUUAGUGGCAGAAUGAGGAAUGGUCUGGAGAGAGACCCAUUCCCCAAGACCAUCCCCUAUUGCCAUCCACUAGCAUCACAUUACAUAGCUGUGAGUGAUAAGAUCCUGCAGCAAGAAAGUGACAGUGUCAGAGGAGAGAAGGGGAUAAAAAAAUUGCUGCAGAGGUGACAUGGACAAGAGAAGGUACAGAGAUGAAAUGGAGCAGAGAUACUGCAGAAGUGACAUGGACUAGAGAUUGUGAGGUGGUGAAAUGGACCAGAGAUGUUGCAGAGGUGACAUGAACCAGAGACGCUGCACAAGUGAAAUGGACCAGAGAAGCUACAGAUGUGACAUGGACCAGAGAUGCUACAGAGGUGAAACAGACCAGAGAGGAAGCAUAGGUGAUAUGGAUUGGAGAUGGUGCAGAGGUGAAAUAGGCCACAGAUGCUGAAGUGACAUGGACCAGAGAUGGUACAAAGGUGACAUGGCCCAGAGAUGCUGCAGAGUUAAAAGGAACCAGAUUUAGUGCAGAGUUGAAAGGGACCAGAGAAGCUGCAGAGGUGAAAUGGAUCAGAAAUGGUGCAGGAGUGACAUGGACCAGAGAUUGUGUGGAGGUGAAAUGGACUAGAGAUGCUGCAGAAGUGAAAUCAACCAGAGAAACUGCAGAGGUGAAAUGGAUCAGUGAUAGUGCAGAGGUGAAAUGGACUAGAGAUGCUGCAGAGGUGAAAUGGACCAGAGAUGGUGCAAUGUGACGAAUGCGCUAGCACCCAGGACACCCCAGAAUCAGCCAGAGUCAGAAUAAGCAAAAGUCCCUAGUCUUUAUUCUUGGUCUUUAGACACAGGAUUGAACAGGAAAGAAGUGGAAUCUCCGCGACUGCCUUCUCCCUCAUAUACUGCCAAAGUAUGACUGGCCAGUCUUACUCCACCCCCUAGUCCCUCCUACAAUCCUCUGUAUACACCAAUCAUUGAGCCAGCACAGGAUAGUGGGAAGGACCAUUUUCCAAGCAUAUGCCCAUAAAGUAUUGUCCAAUCAGUGCCCAUAAAGUGUUGUCCAAUCAGUAGUUAGCCUCAAGUGCUCAGCAGUCCUGACCUCAGUGCAUCAACUCAAUAGUUUCAGCCCUCUAUAGUGCUGAGGUGAAAUGGACCAGAAAUGGUACAAAGGUGACAUGGCCCAGAGAUGCUGCAGAGUUUAAGCGACCAGAGAAGCUGCAGAGGUGAAAUGGAUCAGAGAUGCUGCAGAAGUGAAAUCAACCGACCUUGACAGCUUAUUGAAUCUGGGGAAUGAGAGUAAUGAGAUGUAGCUCCGAUGGAGGACAUAGCAAUACCUGCUACCGUACCUUGAGAGUGCCACAAACAAUGCUGACUGUCAGAUAACAAUCUGUUGGUCAGUGAUAAUCAAAAUUUCUGAGAAUUCAAUAGUGGGGUGCAACACUUCUAAGCCCUAGAAUUCUAUAUUUUUCAAGACCACUCUAUACAAGAUAACUAUAAAUAUGUAUAGGUAUAUUGGAUUUAACAUAUUUUAACAUUUUUAACAUGUAAUAGACUACCUGUCAUCUAGUGGAGGGGGUGGGAGGAAGGAGGAGAUAAGUAAGGGACCCUUUGCAAGGGUUAGUGUUGAAAAAUAACUUAUGCAUAUGUUUUCUAAAUAAAAACCUUUAAAAAAAUUACUAGUUGCUAGUACUAAAUAUAAAAAUAAUUGAUCCUAGCUACCUGGUAUACAAUUUAUUGUCAAUAACCACUGCCACAGGUCAUCUAGGAAGCUUGCCAUGUUUCUCAAGUGGACAUUUAAUGCCUUUUUAAGGGCAACUAAUAAAAUCUAAUCCAUUUAUUAAAAAAAAAAAAAAAAAAAAAAACACUCUGCAAUUUUACCUCUAAGCUAUAAAAUUAGCCUAUCAGUAACUUGAAGAAUUAAAGUCCAAUGCCCCUAUGAGACACUAAAGCCCAAUGAUGGGGGAGAACUGACCAAGUUACCAAGGUGAUCUCCAUCUGGGGUCACAAGGGAAACAGCUGGGGAAGGCAACUCCACCCAUCAGUGACCUAAGCAGAAAAGCUGAGGUUGGGGAACCCUACAGGCAGAGACUGGCCUGUCCCGGAGGCCAGGGAGGGAGCCAUUGGUGUACCCUUCUCUUUCUUUCUGCCUGUAGCCUGGGCAAGUUCCUCUUGUGCCACAUUGAACCCCUGCUAUCAGCUUGAAAGGGAGGAGGGGAAACAACACUGCCACCCACCUCCUUGCUAGGAGCCCCAACAGGACAGCAAGUCAUGAACUCCAUCAUGGCCCAUGGAGUCACCAGGACAUGACCAGGCUGGCCCUGGGCAGAGGAGCCCAGCUAAGGGCAUCGGAGGUCUCAGCCAGGAGCAUCUAGUAGGAAAGACCCUCCCCCCAAGGACCUGAGGAUGGGCUAAGUGGGGGCCAGGGACUGCCCCAUAACCUGGGCAGCAAGAGGGAGGACUCCAGCAGGUUUGUAGGCAGAAAAAAGGAAGCUGGAAGAGAGGGAGGGAUUGGGAAGGGCGGGACGGGGGUCCCUCCAGGAGCCAAGGCUUCUUCCCGUGUGAACCCUCAGGUGCUGGCUCAGGUCCGAGCUCCCCUUGAAAUGCCUUCUCGCACUCACCACACCCCUCGGGCCUCUCCCCGCGCCCGUGGCGUCUCUCCCCGCGCCCCCAUCGGGCCUGUCCCCGCGCCCCUCCGGCCUCUCCCCGCGCCCCCAUCGGACCUCUCCCCGCGCCCCUCCGGCCUCUCCCCGCGCCCCGUCGGGCUUGUCCCCGGGGCCGAGCUCCACACGAAGCUGCUUCUGUCUCUCGCCACGGUGACUCUUCUGGUGCUCGCGAAGGUCCGAGCUGCCCCCAAGGCUCUCCCACACUGGCGGCGUCGGGGCGGAUGCUCGGUGCGCGGAGGGUGGCGCUGGGGGAGCCUCGCGGCACGUGUAGGGCUUGGUCCCUGGGGGACUCCUCCGGUGCUCCUGGAGGUUGGAGCCGCUCGGGAAGCCCUUUCUCACAUUCGCCGACUGUAGGUCUUAGUGCUGGGCCGCUUCCUCAGCGGCCCCAGGCCCUCCUUCCCCAGGGCACCGCUCUCCUGACCCGUGGUGUUCCUCCUGGUACAGCCCCUGCCCUGGGCACUCGGCUCGGGAUUCCGGCUCUCUCCGGCAGCGCCUGCGGGGACCCCUCCUCUUGCCAGCGGCUCUCCCGUGUUCCGGGGCUGGAGUCUCCCCGGAAGGCGCUCGCACUCCCGGCCCUUUCUCCUUUCCUCGCUGGACGGCUAGCGCCGCGCCGCCCUCUGGGGCGCCCUGGGGGAUGGAGGGUCUGUGGGGCUCCCCGCGGGGCCCUGCCUUUGGCCGGCCUUCCCCGCUGCGGUCCUCGGGGAGCCCGGCAGAACGGCCUCCGGUCUCUCUUUGCCCUUCCCCUCCCCCGCUCUUCUGCUCUCGGUGGUGAAACGGGGGCUUUCUCAGAGCCACAGAGAAGAUCAAGGGAAAGGGAGGGCGGGGAAGGCCCCAUCACCGCCGAGCAGGAGGGGGGAGAAGGGAAAGGGGUCCAGCCCAGCUUCCCCAGGGAGGAUGGAGGCCCACGGGGUGCACAAUUCCAAGGAUGUCCCUGGGAACAGGCCAGGGAACUACCAGAGGAGCCCUGGCCCCUUAGUCUCCUCCCCCAGCUCCUCAGCCCCUCCCUCGGCCCCUCAGCCUCUCCCCCAGCCCCUCAGCCCCUCCCCCGGCCCCUCAGCCUCUCCCCCAGCUCCUCAGCCCCUCCCCCGACCCCUCAGCUGCCUCCCCGGCCCCAGCACACACAGCUCCUCCCCUGCCAGUAGCAAAUCCAACCUCAGACACCCUGUCCAAGUGACCCCAGAUAGGUCACUGCCCGCCUCAGUUUCCUUAUCUGUAAAAUGGGGAUCAUAAUAGCCCCUCUCUCUCAAGGUCACUGAGGAUCAAACGAGAUCAUAGCUGCAAAGCUUGGCGAGGGCGGCUGAGGGCGGGUGCCUGAGGGGAGGGGGACCACCUUGCUGGACAGUCAGCCUGAGUCCGGCCCCUUACCUCGCUGCUCCAGCACAGGGCCUUUGGUGUCCCAGAGCACCCCAGGGUGCUGGGCCCCGCUGCUCCCGAGCCUCCCCACUCGUCCUGUGACCUCCCCCCACCCCCACUGUGGCCACUUGCUGAAGUGAGCCUGA